UCUCCUCGUCCUCCUCGAAUUACGGAACAUCCAUCGGACAUUUUAGUCCGCAAACACGAGCCUGCGACAUUGAAUUGUAAGGCAGAAGGUCAACCGGAACCGUCCAUCGAGUGGUACCAUGAGGGAAAUCGGGUGAGGAACGCCGCCAACAGAAUGCAGCUGCCUAGUGGAGCUCUAUUUUUUCUACAUGUGCUUCACACGAAAAGAGAACAGGACACUGGCACUUACUGGUGUGUGGCUACUAAUGAGUUAGGCAAAGCCAGGAGCAGGAAUGCUACGCUUGAAGUAGCUGUGAUUAGAGAAGAUUUCCGAGUGGUGCCAAAGUCCGUAUCGGCUGCAGUUGGCGAAAGUGCUACUUUGGAGUGCACUCCUCCCAAAGGACAUCCUGAACCAACCGUGCGGUGGCGAAAAGACGGGGAUGUAGUGAAUGCAGGAAAAGGAAGAAUUCGCAUCGUACCUCCUGGUAAUCUGGUUAUUUCUGAAGUUCGCCAGAGUGAUGAAGGCCGAUAUGCUUGUGUGGCUGAAAAUAUGGCUGGAAUACGUGAAUCCGGAUCUGUGCAUAUGGCUGUUCACGUUAAACCAUUCUUUGUCAAGGAGCCUGAACACCUAACAGUGUUGGCUAACGCAGAUGUUUCAUUUCCAUGCAAAGUGGGUGGCGAUCCUCCUCCAAGUGUGUCAUGGCGUAGGAAAGAUGGAAAAAUGCCUGUUGGCAGAUCCCAGAUAUCAAAUGAACGCAGUCUGAUUAUUAAAAAUGUGGAUAUCUUAGAUGAAGGAACAUAUGUUUGUGAAGCUGAAAAUUCUGUUGGAAUGAUAUCAUCUGAAGUUACUCUUACUGUUCAUUCUCGGCCUAAUUUUUUGGUCAAACCCAAAGAUCAAAGAAUUGGCUUAAAUGGUAUUGCCAAAAUGGAAUGCAGUGCAAGUGGAAAUCCGCCUCCAUCAAUAUUUUGGACUAAAGAAGGAAAUCAGGUGUUGAUGUUUCCUGAAAGGUCUUAUGGAAGAUUCUCAGUGAAUAGGGAAGGCACUUUAAUUAUUUCUGGAGUUCGUAAAGAGGAUGAUGGAUAUUACAUAUGUUCUGUUUUGUCUGGUAUUGGAUCAUCAAUGGCUAAGGCUUAUUUGGAAGUUACUGCUAUAGGAGAUCUACCAGCUCCCGUAAUAAAGUUAGGACCUGCCAAUCAAACAUUGCCUCUGAAUACCAAAGCAAGGCUUCCUUGUGAGGCGAGUGGUAAUCCUGCACCUGUUAUUCGAUGGCUAGUAAAUUCAACACCACUGGCCCAAAACUCUAGAUUUAGGAUUUUGGAUUCUGGGACUUUGGAAAUUGAUAGUUUGCAGCCUGAAGAUACUGGUGUAUAUACCUGCACAGCAUCUAGUGAAAGUGGUGAAACUUCAUGGAGUGCUACGCUUACAGUUGAAUCUCCUAGGAAUCCAAAUGUCAUUUUUCAUAGAAUGCCUGACCCCGUUAAUUUCCCAGGACCACCUUCUAAACCUGUAGCUUCAAAUGUUUCUGAAACAUCUGUUACGUUAUCAUGGAAGAAAAAUGCAAAACCGGGUGCCUCGCCUUUGAUUGGAUAUACAGUUGAAUAUUACAGCAGCGAUCUUCAAAGUGGAUGGGUAGUAGUUGCCCAUAGAGUGCCAAAAGAGUCAUACACUAUCAACAAUCUCAGACCUGAUACAAAAUAUGCAUUCCUAAUUAGAGCAGAAAACUCACAUGGACUUGGUUUACCUAGUGAAAUAUCUGACAUUGUACAUACUUUAGGCUUUUCAUCUGGUAUCCUCCCUAAUUAUGAUCUUGAUGAAGCUCGCAAUCGUCUAAAUGAUGCUGUUACAUUUUUACAAGAUGUGAUUCCAAUGAGCUCAACCUCAGUGAAAAUGCUGUGGAAGGUUCAAGGUGCUUCAGGGUAUAUUGAAGGCUUUUAUAUGAGAUUUCGGGACUUAAGUGGUGGAUCUCAGAAGUACAACAUAAUUACUGUAUUGAAUGGAGGAUCUUCAUCAUACGUUCUGUCAGAUUUGAAGAAGUUCACAAAAUAUGAAUUCUUUUUAGUUCCAUUUUACAAGGGUAUUGAAGGUCCACCAAGUAACUCAAAAAUUGCUCAAACAUUAGAAGAUGUUCCUUCUGCACCACCAGGCAGUUUAAAACUUUGGGUUAAUGGUCAUAACAGUGCGAGUCUCUCAUGGUCCCCUCCUCCUCCUCAGCAUCGCAAUGGCUUAUUGCAAGGAUAUUCAGUAAGAAUUCUGGAUAGUUCUUUACAUCUGCAUUCGCAUUUAACAACUAAUGCAACAACAACGUCCAUUACUCUUACAAAUCUGACUUAUGGUUCUGUAUAUGACAUUACAGUUGCUGCUCUCACAUCAUCUGGAAUGGGACCUUUCUCUCCAUCAAUUCAUCCCAAAAUUGAAUAUGGAGCCGUAACCUCAGUUGGUGAAAAACCAACAUCUGUUGUAUCUGAAAUAGGUGAUAUAGUGAGACAGCCAUGGUUUAUAGCUGUUAUUGGUGUUAUCAUAUUCAUACUCUUGUCUAUUUUCUUCAUUGUAUUGUUCUUUAAGAGGAGAAAAGCUUGGAAAAAAGGACUUCAAGCUCAUUUAUCUGGCCCUGUACAUAAAGCUGAUGAUGUACGCGUUGGGGUGAGUGCUCGUGAAACCCUUUGGAUUAAUCAAGCAUGGCAUCCAGUGCCUCCAGGAAAAAAUUGCUUGCCUGAUGAUAAACUACUAAAUAAUGUAAUGCCUGGAGUGGAUCAUAGUUAUAUAAGCCUAUUUCCCCCUUUUUUAAGCAGUGGAGGUACUUCAGACUAUGCUGAAGUGGAUACACAUAACAUGACUUCAUUCUACAAGAAAGAACUACCCGCAGUUCCUGCUCCUUAUGCAACUACUACUUUAAUCAAUCCAUCUGCUAGGCAUCAUAGUGGUUCUGUAAGCAUGUUAUUCUUUGCUAUGCUGUAG